AUGAUAUCAAAUGAUGAUAAACGAGUGGUGACAUUAGUCAAGAAAAAAAAGCGAAAGAAUAAUAAAAAGAAGGGCAACAAUGUAGCGAAGAAAGCUGAACCACCACUAAAUGGAAAUACAACACAACUGAACAGUCCAACGGAGCAAAAUGGAGGAUCCCAAAAGUACAAGAAAGAAUUUUCGCAAGAAGGUCUCGCGCACAGUUUUUCAGAAAAGUUAAAGGUUGAUCGAAAUGAGUUGGAUGAUGUGAACAUGCAAAAUGGGGACGCCUCGCGAUCUCCUUCAGGACGAAGUGAAAGCCCCGAUCGUCCAUUUGAACAAGAAGAGUUCGAAGAUUUGCCACGCGAAGAAGAAGUUUUGGGAUCGGACGACGAGGAGCAAGAGGAUCCAAAAGAUUACCGAAAAGGCGGCUAUCAUCCAGUGAAUAUUGGAGAUGUCUUUAAUGGAAGAUAUCACGUGAUAAGAAAACUGGGAUGGGGUCACUUCUCAACAGUAUGGCUUUGUUGGGACACAACGGGGAUGCGAUUCGUUGCGUUGAAAAUUGUCAAAUCAGCCGAUCACUACACAGAAGCUGCUCUUGAUGAGAUUAAGUUAUUAACGGCAGUGCGAGAGUCAGAUGCAGGAGACGUUGGACGGGAACGAGUCGUACAAUUGCUUGACGAGUUUAACGUCAAUGGAAUCAACGGCACUCAUGUCUGUAUGGUUUUUGAGGUACUUGGAUGCAAUCUGCUGAAAAUGAUUAUACGCACCAAUUACACCGGAUUGCCAUUAGAGCUAGUGCGACGGAUUAUCAAACAGGUCCUUGAGGGUCUUGCUUAUCUUCAUGAAAAAUGUGAAAUCAUACACACGGAUAUCAAACCGGAAAACGUUCUUGUAACGAUGUCACAUGAAGAGAUAAAAGUGAUGGCUCAACAUGCGGUAGUGGCUAGUAAGAUGAAUUUCCGAAUGAGCGGGUCAGCAGUGAGCACAGCACCGAAACAUGUCAGAGAAAAGGCAGCUAGUGCCAUGUCAAAGAACAAGAAGAAACGAUUACGAAAGAAGAGAAAGAAGCAACGGGAGCUCCUCGAGCAACAACUAGUCAAUGUUGAGGGAUUGGCUGUUGAUGCAGACGCUGUCUCUCAUGUCAUUCAAACUACUCACCAGAUGAGUCAAAGCAGCUCAAAGCGGACAAGCGGCGCACCGCCGCCACCAUCACUAUUGGGCGAGUUGCCUGUGGUGUCGGCAUCAACAUCAGCUCUCACAUCGCCUUUAUCACCGCUCUCCCCUCACUUCCCUUUUAGGCGUCUCGAUGGCAACUCGACAAAAGUUAGCAAUCAAGUAGAAGAAGUGAGCAGCGAUGAGGAGAAAGAAGUCCCGGAUAAUUUAUUGAGUCCAGCUUCAUUGGAUCGAAAGUCAUUGACACCGCUCUCAGAAAGGGAAUUAGCUGGAGCAAUGGACGGAGUGCCACCAGACGCUUUCGAUGCCUUGCAAGCAGCACAAGCUGCUCGAGCAGCCGGCUUACCGCCUCCAGUACUUCCCAAGCCGCCCGUUGGACCCGAUCUCUUCGAUCCCAACUGUCAGAUUGAUGUCAAGCUUGCCGAUCUUGGUAACGCUUGCUGGACUCAUCAUCAUUUCACUGAAGACAUUCAAACAAGACAAUAUCGAUCACUCGAAGUUUUGAUUGGAGCUGGUUACGGGCCUCCAGCUGACAUUUGGAGCACUGCAUGCAUGGCAUUCGAAUUAGCAACAGGAGACUAUCUCUUUGAGCCACAUCAAGGUGAAACUUAUUCAAGAGAUGAGGAUCAUCUUGCUCACAUCAUCGAGUUGCUCGGCAGCAUUCCAGCAUCCGUUUACAAACGGGGUCAAUACUGGAAAGAUUUCUUCAAUAAGCAAGGUCGCUUGAUGCAUAUCACGCAGUUGAAACCUUGGUCUUUGGUUGAAGUUCUCACACAAAAGUAUGAGUGGCCAUUCGAAAAGGCUCGACAAUUCGCUUCAUUUUUGUUGCCAAUGUUAGCAUUUGAUGAAGGGGAGAGAGCGACGGCGAGGCAUUGUUUGACACACGAUUGGGUGAAGCCAUACGGUGGAAAGGCGCCAAAUCACCAAGAACAGAUCAGUCCUCGGGAAAAUCAUGUAAACUCAGAGAACAAUCACGAUCACUCAUCGCCCGAAAAUGGCCCAGCAAGCCUCGAGGACAGUGAAGAUGACGAUUAU